UUGAGAAAACUCACCAUGGCAGUGUCAACACCGCAGCUUCACUCACUUACCAGUCUUGCUUCAUUGACUCACCGCACCAAGGUCAAGUUUAACAGCGCCUGCUGCACAGCUCUGUUUCCCAAUGCAAAGCAAACAAGCCCAUCCACGCUUUGCACUGCUGUGCAGAGUGCACAGUCCACUGUUUCUGAGAGAUCAAACCCACCAUUUACUUCCUUCAAUGAGUUGAUUGAGUCCUUGAUUGAUAAGGUGGAUUUGUCGGAGUCCGAAGCCGAAGCUUCAUUGGAGUUCUUGCUGAGUGAUGCGAAUGAGGCUUUGAUUAGCGCCUUUCUUGUGUUGUUGAGAGCCAAAGGAGAGACUUAUGAAGAAAUUGUGGGAUUAGCAAAGGCAAUGAUAAAGCACAGUUUGAAGGUUGAGGGCUUGGAUGACGCAGUUGACAUUGUUGGAACUGGUGGUGACGGAGCAAACACAAUAAACAUUUCAACCGGGGCUUCAAUACUUGCUGCAGCCUGUGGUGCAAAAGUUGCAAAGCAAGGUAAUCGUUCAAGUUCCUCUGCAUGUGGAAGUGCAGAUGUAUUGGAAUCUUUGGGAAUAAUAAUUGACUUGGACCCUGAGGGGGUCGCGAGAUGUGUUAAUGAAGUAGGCAUUGGUUUUAUGAUGGCACCAAAGUAUCAUCCAGCAAUGAAUGUCGUUCGUCCUGUAAGGAAAAAGCUAAAAGUAAAGACUGUAUUCAACAUUUUGGGACCUAUGUUGAAUCCAGCUAGAGUUCCUUUUGCUGUUGUUGGUGUAUACAAGGAAGAAUUAGUCUUAAAGAUGGCUAAAGCAUUACAAAGCUUUGGCAUGAAGAGAGCAUUGGUUGUUCACUCGGAGGGCUUGGACGAAAUGAGUCCCCUUGGACCUGGACAUAUCCUUAAUGUGACUCCUGAUAAGAUUGAGAAGUUCUCCUUUGAUCCAUUGGAUUUUGGAAUUCCUCGAUGCACUGUAGAUGAUUUGCGAGGUGGAGAUCCAGAGUAUAAUGCUGAGGCAUUAAGGCGUGUAUUAUCAGGAGAGAAAGGUUCCAUCGCAGAUGCGUUUAUCCUAAAUGCAGCAGCAGCUCUUUUAGUCAGCGGCCUUGUAAACACUUUGGCUGAAGGAGUUUCUUUGGCUCGUGAGACACAACUUUCAGGAAAAGCUAUCAAGACGCUUGAUCAAUGGGUAUCUCUCUCGAAUACAAUGAGGAAAGAUACAGUUAUUUAUUAAGGAUGCUUCAGGAACUUUUGGAUAUCAAGUUUCAAGUUUUCAAGAUGAAAGCCAUGGUAGAGCCAAUGAACUUUGAGACAAAAUUGAGA